AUGGGAAAGAGUGGAGGCUUCCUGACGCCCAAGGCCAUUGCCAACCGCAUCAAGGCGAAGGGCCUCCAGAAGUUGCGAUGGUAUUGCCAGAUGUGCGAAAAGCAGUGCCGUGAUGAGAACGGAUUCAAGUGUCACACAAGUUCGGAAUCGCACCAGCGCCAGAUGGCCAUUUUCUCAGACAAUCCCAACAAGUUCCUCGAUGAAUUUUCGGUUGAGUUCGAGGACAGCUUCAUCCGGCAUCUUCGGCACAGGCACGGCACGAAGAGGGUGCAUGCCAACCUGGUCUACGCCGAGCUGAUUCGGGACCGCAACCACUUGCACAUGAACGCCACCAAGUGGACCUCGCUCACCGAGUUCGUCAAGUACCUCGGACGCACUGGCAAGGCCACCACCCUCGCGCGGCAGAAGGCCCUCGAACGGCGCAAGAAGUCCGACAUCGACGAGGAGGAGCGUGAGCGCCUCCGGAUCGAGAAGCAGCUCGAGGAGGCCCGCCGGCAGCGCGAGGCUCUCGGUCUCUCGGCCGACGCCGACGCCGGCCAUGACGAGCCCGGCGAGAAGGAGUCGGCCGACGGCAGCGAAGCCGACGGCGGUGGCGUCAAGCUCGAGGGCGUGAAGAUCGCGUUCUCGCUGGGCGGCCUUAAGAAGCAGCCGCUGACGCUCGGCAAGACCGAAGAGAAGCCCCAUGACGACGAUGAGAAGGGCCACAAGAUGAACGAGGCCGAGGCCGACCGCGAAGCGCGAAAGCGGAAGCCCGACGACGUGUCCGCGGACCGCGAACACGGCGAGCGGGACCGAGACCGAGACAGACGAGGCCGGGAGGACGAGGAACGCGACUCCAAGCGUGCGCGCUCCAGUCGAUGGGACAAGGCGGCCUCGUCGACGUCCACGUCAUCAUCAUCGUCAUCAACGACAUCAUCGUCAACAUCAUGGCCGGGAGGAGAAGCGCAAGCAGACGCGAACGCGAACGAACUCGAAAAGGAGAAGAAAGAAAGAGAAAUGGAAAUGGAGAAAGAGAGAAAGGAGACGACGAAGAGAACAAAGGCGACGACGACGAAGACGGACUACUGGCUGGCCGACGGCAUCGUGGUCAAGGUCAAGCACAAGACGGUGGGCGGCGGCAAGUACUACAACCAGAAGGGCGUGAUCGAGCAGGACUUCCUCGAAACGGUGCUGCCGGCGCUCGAGGGCCGGGUGCUGGUGCUGAACGGCGCGCAUCGGGGCGAGCGGGCGACGCUCAAGGCGAUCGACGUCGACAAGUUUUGCGCCACCAUCCAGUUGAGCAGCAGUGGCGAGCUGGUCAAGGGCAUCGCCUACGAGGACAUCGCCAAGCUGGCCUGA